AUGGCGGGGGUGGGAGCCAGGGGGAGAAAGACGGGACUCCCGGGGUUCUGUUGGAAAACGUGUUAUUUCCAUAUUCUUUUCUGGGUCGUGUCUGUUUGUGGAGAAGAGAGGACCUUCAUCGUUGAGACGUGGCUGAAGAACUAUGGCUACUUGCUCCCUCAUGACAUCCGCACAUCGGACCUGCGAUCGGAGAAAGCCAUGCAGUCAGCGGUCGCUGCUAUGCAGCGGUUUUACGGCAUUCCAGUGACGGGAGUGAUGGACAAAACCACCAUCGAGUGGAUGAGAAAACCUCGGUGUGGAGUUCCAGAUCAUCCUCACAUCAGCCGACGAAGGAGAAAUAAACGCUACGCCCUCACUGGUCAGAAAUGGAGGGACAAAAAGAUCACAUACAGCGUACAUAAUUUCACCCCCAAGGUGGGUGAGAAAGAUACACAGAGGGCAAUCCGCCAGGCCUUCAAUGUCUGGCAGACGGUGACCCCGCUGACCUUCCAGGAAGUGGCCUACUCUGAGAUCAAGAAUGAGGGUAAAGAAGCGGACAUAAUGAUCUUCUUUGCCUCUGGUUUCCAUGGUGACAGUUCACCCUUCGAUGGAGAGGGAGGUUUUUUAGCCCAUGCAUAUUUCCCUGGUCCCGGAAUUGGUGGAGACACACACUUUGACUCUGAUGAACCCUGGACAUUAGGAAAUUCCAAUCAUGACGGCAAUGAUCUUUUCCUGGUGGCAGUACAUGAGCUAGGACAUGCCUUGGGUCUGGAACACUCCAAUGAUCCAAGUGCAAUCAUGGCCCCUUUCUACCAGUACAUGGAGACGCACAACUUUAAACUGCCUCUAGAUGAUCUUCAAGGGAUCCAGAAAAUCUACGGUAUACCUACAGCCAUGCUGGAGCCCACCCGACCUCUUCCAACUCUACCUGCACGACGAACACACUCCACCUCAGAGAGAAAGCAUGAUCGUCAGUCCCGUCCCGCUCGCCCACCCUCUGGAGAUCGCCCGUCCUCUCCUGGUAAUGGAAGACCUCACAUCUGUGAUGGCAACUUCAACACUGUGGCCUUCUUUCGACGGGAGAUGUUUGUUUUUAAGGAUCGCUGGUUCUGGCGUUUGCGUAACAACAAAGUUCAGGAAGGCUAUCCCAUGCUGAUAGAACAGUUCUGGAAAGGUCUACCUCCUCGCAUCGACGCUGCUUAUGAGAGAUCAGAUGGCAAAUUUGUGUUCUUCAAAGGGGACAAAUACUGGGUCUUCAAGGAGGUUACAGCAGAGCCAGGGUACCCCCACAGUCUAGUAGAGUUGGGCAACUGUCUGCCCCAUGAUGGCAUUGACACAGCUUUACGCUGGGAACCUGUGGGCAAAACCUACUUCUUCAAGGGCAACCAAUACUGGCGUUACAACGAGGAGAAGCACACUGCUGACCCAGGCUACCCCAAACCCAUCAGCGUAUGGAAGGGCAUUCCUGAUGCACCGCAAGGAGCGUUUGUUAGUCGAGAAGGAUUUUAUACCUACUUCUACAAAGGAAAGGAUUACUGGAAAUUCGACAACCAGAAGUUAACGGUGGAGCCAGGCUACCCCAAAUCAAUUCUCAAAGACUGGAUGGGCUGCGACCAAUCGGAAGUAGACAAGAACAAGGACCGACACCUCCCUCAUGAUGACGUCGAUAUCAUGGUGGCCAUUAAUGAUGUACCCUCCACUGUCAAUGCAAUUGCUGUGGUCAUCCCUUGCAUUCUCUCACUAUGCAUUCUGGUCCUUGUAUAUACUAUCUUCCAGUUCAAGAACAAAAACGUCCAACAGCAUGUGACCUACUACAAACACCCGGUGCAGGAAUGGGUAUGACAGGCUAGGGGGCGCUAUGGACCCCAAACGCUUGAGAACAUCAACGAGGGCUACUAUGCUGAGGUUUGGAAGCAUACAUGACCAGUGCCUGUUUUCCGAACAACCUUGUCCCAGUACAGGGUAAAGACAAGGCAAGGGAGUAUCCAGUCCCUCCCUCUUGAGACAAAAUGUUGAAACCAAUAUUGCAGUUUUUUUAGCAUUAGCCAAAAGGACAUUUUUGGGACUGUUGGCGAAAUGUACAAUGG